CUCGUAAAACCCUAACAUCGUUAAACCCCCAAUUCCAAAACUCCCUUCUCGCCAAAACCUUGAAAAAAUGUCUCUCAACACUAUACUUCGCCGAUCAGCUUCAUCAGUCACGCCGAUCGCCGCUCGAUUUUUGGGCAGUCAAAGAAACUUCCACCACCACUGUGGUGGCGCUCUGUUCACCGCCGUCAAUCACGCUCGGAACACCAUUUCCGAUAAUAACUUUUUAGUUCCUGCUGUGUCUCGCUUUUCUUACUCGGCUUCUCCUGCUCUGAAACGCCCGAGCUCCGAUGAGUCACUCCUCCGAGUUAUUGAAUCUGAGAUCAAAUGCUCCGAAGAGAGCUUCGAGGAGGGUGAAGGUGUUCCAGAUGGAUUCCCUUUUGAACUUAACGAUAACCCUGGGCAACAAACAGUAUCUCUAAGCAGAGAAUACCAAGGAGAAGCCAUCCUUGUUGAAGUUGAACCAUCAAGCCUUGUUACAGGUCAGGAAGACGAUGAAGAUGAUGAUAAAGAUGACAAUGAUACUGAAAACGACAAUCAAUCAAGUAUCCCAAUGGUCGUAAAAGUCUCCAAAACAGGUGGGCCAUGCUUGGAAUUUGGUGUCACUGCUUAUGCUGAUGAGAUUGUGAUCGAUAGCUUAUCAGUUAAAGAUCCAGACAUGACUGAUGAUCAGCUUCCUUAUGAAGGGCCAAGAUUCGAUGAAUUGGAUGAGAAUUUACAGAAGGCGUUUCAUAAGUAUUUGGAGAUUAGAGGAAUUAAGCCAAGUGUGACAAAUUUUUUGCAUGAGUAUAUGGUGAACAAGGAGCACAGAGAGUACACGAAUUGGUUGAAGAAUCUUAAGAAGUUUGUAGAGGCAUAAAGAGUAUGUUUCUUUUGAAUCUAUUUUUGGUGUUGAAGGGUUUUUAGUCUUAUGGAUGAAUUGUUCUUAUUAGAAUAUGAGGGGAUAUAAAGAUGAUUAUGAGUGAUUGAACAUUUGAACUCUCAUGUCAUGUAAGUUAAAUGUGGAUCAUAAAUAUUCAAUGGUUGGGAUUGUCUUUUGA